GGUUCCUUCGAGAGUCUAGAAUGCGUUUCAUUUUUUACGUGCUUUCACUUGUGCUGGCCUUGUGCCUAGCGUCCGCUGAUCCCAGAAUCACCCUGCAUGGGAUGGUCAGAUCGGAUGAGCGCAUACGCUCCCAUGGUUACCCAGCUGAGACCCAUGAGGUGGUCACCGAGGAUGGCUACGUGCUGACACUCUUCCGCAUUCCUUACUCGCACAAACUGAACAACAAGAGUCAGAAGCGUCCACCCGUGCUGCUGCAGCAUGGCCUGUUCAGCAACUCGGACUGCUGGCUGAGCUCUGGGCCGGACAACUCGUUGGCCUAUCUGCUGGCCGAUGCCGGCUACGAUGUCUGGCUGGGCAAUGCGCGUGGCAACAUUUAUUCGCGGGCCAACGAGAUCAUCUCACUGAACAAUCCCAAGUUCUGGCAUUUCGAUUGGCAUGAGAUUGGCACCAUCGAUAUCGCUGCCAUGAUCGAUUACAUACUGGAUGAGACACAGUACAAGCAGCUGCACUAUGCGGGUCACUCGCAGGGCACGACGGUUUAUUUGGUUUUGAUGUCCGAGCGUCCGGAGUACAAUGAGAAGAUCAAGUCGGGUCAUUUGCUGGCACCGUGCGCAUUCUUUGAACAUGGCAAAUCGCCCAUCUUCAGAUGGUUGGGCCCAUUGGUGGGCACACCUGGCGGUGUUUGGAACCAGCUGCUGGUGGACACUGAACUGAUACCGUACAAUAAUAUUGUCAAUCGUCUCGCCGACAACGGGUGCGGAAGCGGCAGUCCCUACGACUCAAUCUGCAAGAAUGGAUUCCUGAUGUUCGCCAACGGCGGCUAUGAGAAUAUUAAUCUGACUUCUAUGCAAAUAUUGAUUGAAACGCAUCCGGCUGGCUCCUCCAGCAACCAGGGCAUCCAUUAUCUGCAGCUGUACGCCUCGCACGAGUUCCGUCAAUACGACUGGGGCAGCAAGAAGAAUCGUGAACUCUAUGGCCAGGAUCUGCCGCCAGACUAUGAUCUGAGCAAAAUUACCGCCAAUACGCACUCGUAUUCCAGCCAAAAUGAUGCACUGUGCGGUCCAAAGGAUGUUGACACCUUGGUCUCCCAGUUCGUGCAUCUGAGCGAAGAUCAUCGCGUGCCCUGGUCGAGCUUCAAUCAUUUGGACUUUAUCGUGGCCAAAAACAUGAAGGAGCUGGUCAAUGAUUUGGUUGUUGAGCGUAUCAACAGCUAUGAAGGUCGUUAAGCGAUUGACCUCUAAUUGAUCUGUUAGGUCAGACAAUAAAUCUGAAAACUUGCCAAGCUA